CAAACUUGAAAAAUUCAGAGAGAAUCUGAGUGUAGUUUGUUAAUCGAAGUGUUUGAGGAUUUAUAUGAAAUAUUUUUGUGAUUGUGUAAUUUUCCCAAAAAAAAAAUGGCUUCGUGAAAGUUGAUGCCUCUUUGCAAUUCAGAGGUCACGCUUUCUUUAGAUUUGGAUUUACCUAAACUUGGGGUUGAUGGCGGACCAUGAGCUGGACCCGAACGUGCCUUCAUCUUCAUCCCUCCACCUGGUCUCUGCCUUUCUCGCCAUGGAACCUCCGGAGGUGUUGAUCUCCUUGGCCCGGCUUUGUGGAGGUGGUUCGGUUACAGAGAAAGUACAGAACUUCAUUUGGGUCCACUGUAUAAGCAAAGCUGAUGAGAAAUUUUAUGCACCUUACUUGAAAGGUUUUCUGAAAAAGCUUAUUGAUGAACUUGAAUCAAGCGGUGCUGAGGUUUUGGAUGAACUGUAUGAACAAUAUGCAUUUUACAUGGCUUCAUUAAAGGAGGAUAAUUUGGCGAAAGGAAAUUCAAGGGUAUGGAAAUGGAUUACAUUUCUUUUUCCAAAUGACAAUCUUGAAUUCCCUAGUUGUCCAAAGCCAAGGAAGCUAGUGAUUCCAGUACGAUGUUCUCUCAACAUGCUUGAAGGAGAUACUGGUUGUUCCAUUUGGCCCUCAAGUCUUUUCUUGUCAGAGUUUGUUCUUUCUUGUCCAGAGAUAUUCUCGAGUAAAUCUUGUUUUGAGGUUGGAUCAGGUGUUGGUUUAGUUGGUAUUUGCCUAGCCCAUGUAAAAGCCUCCAAGUGGAUUUAUACAGUUGUUCCAUUUGGCCCUCAAGUCUUUUCUUGUCAGAGUUCGUUCUUUCUUGCCCAGAGAUAUUCUCGAGUAAAUCUUGUUUUGAGUGCCUGUCCAACUGGAAAUCUUGCACAAGUUGUUCGUGCUAUCAUUUCUCCAUAUUAA